UAACUUCCUGUUUGAAAUUAUGAUUGGAUCGAUCGGAUUGACAGAUCUGAAAUUCACGCAUUUUAAAUAGACAUUGUCAAUGUGCAUUAUAAAUGCAUUUGAUCUCUGAGCUCAUUGACCAGUUAAGCUCAUUUAAACUGUAAAAAAUAUUUGCAAACAUUUAAAAUAUGCCAAACAAGAAAGGGCUUCGACUUCCGUCAACAUCGGGCGAUGGAAUGCCACCAGUUGCUGCAGAGCCACCGGCGCCUCCACCUCCGGUGGCAGUGCCAACCGUUGAUGCUGAGAAACCAACAAACACAGGUACCGCAAGUAUGGAAGCACUUGCUUUAAAGCUAAAAGAACUUGAUAUAAACACACAGCAAAGAGAGAGAUUAGAAAUGUUUCUGACCCAGAAACAACAAGUAGGGGAAUUAACUCCUGAUGACUUUGACAAACUUGGAGAAUUAGGGGCUGGAAAUGGAGGAGUAGUACUUAAAGUUCGACACAUCCCAUCAAGUUUAAUUAUGGCCAGAAAGUUAAUUCAUCUAGAAAUCAAGCCAGCAGUUAGAAUACAGAUAAUUCGAGAGCUAAAAGUUUUACAUGAAUGUAAUUCACCAUUUAUUGUUGGUUUCUAUGGUGCAUUUUACAGUGAUGGAGAAAUAAGUAUUUGUAUGGAAUAUAUGGAUGGUGGUUCAUUAGAUUUAAUAUUAAAGAAAGCAGGAAGAAUACCAGAACCUAUACUGGGAAAAGUAACAGUAGCUGUUUUAAAAGGUUUAACAUAUCUUAGAGAAAAGCAUCAAAUCAUGCAUAGAGAUGUUAAACCAUCUAAUAUUCUAGUUAAUUCCAGAGGAGAAAUAAAGAUUUGUGAUUUUGGUGUCAGUGGGCAGUUGAUAGAUUCCAUGGCUAAUUCAUUUGUAGGAACAAGAUCUUAUAUGUCUCCAGAGAGAUUACAAGGCACACAUUACUCAGUACAAUCUGAUAUUUGGAGUAUGGGUUUGUCAAUAGUAGAAAUGGCCAUAGGGCGUUACCCUAUCCCACCCCCAGAUUCUAAGGACCUGGCUAGUAUAUUUGGUGAUAAAGCCAUGGAGGAACAUUUAGAGGCAACAAAAACAGGAAAACCAUUAACAGGAACAAACCGAAAUAGUUUUAACUUCCCCACACCGCCUGGCAGUGAUGGGCCUCGGCCAAUGGCCAUAUUUGAGCUUUUAGAAUACAUAGUAAAUGAGCCACCUCCUUCAUUGCCAAAAGGAAAGUUUUCUGAUGAAGCCAUAGAUUUUGUAGAUAAGUGUUUAAAGAAGAACCCAUCAGAUAGGGCAGAUUUAGCUUCAUUAAUGGUACAUCCUUUUGUUAAGAAAUCAGAGGAAAUGGAGGUUGAUAUUGGCAGCUGGGUGUGUAAAGUGAUGAAUAUAAAACCAGACAGCAAGGGAAGCUGAACCUAUUUACAUUCUUACUAUUGUUUAGGUUGUAAUAACAUCGCCCAGUUCACUGGGACCAUGCCCUAUAUGGGGACUUUCUAAGAUCUGUUUCUCUUAUUCCAUUCAUACAAAUUAUAAUAUAUUGAUAAAAAUUGUAAUAUCAAGGAAUAUGGACCAUUGACAAUAACUGAACAUAAAAAGCCAAUGUUACAUUUGUAAUUUUACAGUAAAACAGAUACCAUAUUGAACAUGUCAAUGAAUUGAUACACCAUAUCCCUUCUUUUCCAUCAUAUAACCUAUCUAGUUUGUAAUACAUACAACUAUUAAACAUAAAUAUGUUCUUUUUUUAUUCAAAAGGUAAACCAGUGAAUUUUAUGGAUUACUUCCCCUUUACAUUCUCUACAUUCUCUCAAAAUUGCAUUGGCAUCUAGUUGAAUAAAAAUUUAACUAUGUCACACAUUCUUCAAGUUCCCUAUGGAACAAAAUUUAAUUGCACAGCUUGAUACUACACUGACCAACAUUAUUUUAGAUAAUUUUCCAAAAAAAUGUUUUAAUGACAACCUGUGUCAUAUGAUGUAGAGUCAAACCAAGUACCUUUUUCUUAACAGUACCAAUCAUAAUCAGAAGGCUGUUAUUGUCUUAAUAAUUAGUAAGAGGGAAUGGCUUCCAUUUUAGUCAGUAAUAUUUUAGAUUUAUUUUACAUUUUUGUAACUCACAGAUUUCUGAUUUUUAUGAAUCAGAAAUCAUAUUUUUGUAUUUAUAUAGUCACAGAAUUACAAAUUAAAUAUGUCAAUGGUCCAUCUUCCUAGGUUAUGUAUUGAUGUUUCAAGGCAAAAAAAAAAAUAUGAUUGAGUGAUCAAAUAUGUGCAAAUGAAUGCUAUGUAGUGUAUGUAAUAUUGCUAUGUAUAUUUUCUGGUACAAAUGUGAUUUAUUUAGGAAUUAGUAUUUAUGUAACAAUGAACCCUUUCAAAUGUAAAAAUCAACCAUUGUGUGUCAUAAGUUUGUUAUUUUACUUAUUUGUGGCUAGUAGAAAAUAUAUGCUUGCCUUUUUUGUCACUAGUCUGGGUAGGUAGAUAAGUUAAUUAUUUUAUUUUCACUACAUGGUUCUAUUUAUAUUAUUACAUGAUUGAUCAGAUAAAGAUAAAAACCAAUAUUUUUGUUCAAUAAAGCCAAAAUAUUCGGGUUAUUUGGCAGAAAAAAGUAAUUUUAUGUCAAAUGAUGGCAUAUUGUAUAAUAGUUGUAUACACAAUUAACUUGGUUUCCCACUUUCAUGUGAAAUGACAACAGAUAAAAAAUGGGCAAAAAAUGCAGAUAAUUAAUUAGGAUAAAAAAUAGACCAGUUAAAGCAUCAAAAUAUUCACAUUUAAAAUCAGAACUAUGCACCCAUCAUAGAAAUGUCUUGCAUUAUCACAAUGACACUACAUUUGUUUAUAAACAAUGUUUAUUAUCAAUAUUUAAAGUAAACUGCUACUGAUCAAAAUGAUCACUUGUACACUUUUGUAUGAUGAAGCUCAAAACCAAGGUUGUUAUAGCCAUAAAAUCAUUAUAAUCAUUUGUAGAUCUGUUAAACCAUCAAAUAUACAUUAAGGCUACAAUUAUUUUCAUCAAAGUGGGAUAUACAAUUGGCAGUUUUAUCUGUGUAAAGAAUAUCAAGUCACUGGUAUUCAGAAUGGCAAGUUUGUAAUUUUUGUGAAAACAUUCCCAAGUAGGAAUAUAACUGUAAGAUAUUGUAACAAUAAUCAAACUGGUCGUCAGAUAUAUAAAUAACGUGUUUAAAAAUAGUUUUUGCAGGAGCUUGGACUAAUGAAAUGUUUCAGUGUUGUAAAACGCCUGAAAAACCUGUUUAAAUCUUUCAAAGAAAUUUUCCAAAUGUAAUUAAUGACAUGCCAAUGUUGAUAAGUAAAGAAACCAGUAUAAAAGGUCUUUUGACCUUUGUUUGUCCAGACAGGUGGUCAAUAUCUACUUAAACAGACAAUCUAGAGUUAGUUUAGUUUAGUUUUCUCAGUUGAAUUGUUUCACAUUUUUCAUAUUGGGCCUUUUAGAGCUUACUAUACCGUAUAAGUUUUUCUAAUUGUUGAGGGCCGUAUGGUUGCCUUUAAUUGCUUACAUUCACUUCAUUUGAACUUUGGUGAAUAGUUGUCUCGUUGGCAAUCAUACCACAUCUCCUAAUUCUAAUAAUAAUCUGAUUAAAAUACUGAUCCUGUGUCCAUGCUUUACUUAAAAGGAUCUAAAGACACCCGUUCUACUUUCUGUUCAAGUAAUUAUAGCAUCAGCCAAUGAAAAUUCUGCUUUCAAACUUUUGAAGGUUUGUAUCAUAAUGACAAAUCCAAACGAUGCCGAAAGGCCUUUAAAUCAGGAGAUAGAGCAUAGGGUUGUCAGAUCCUUGUAAGCGAAGCAUAGAUACAGAAUCUGUAUUUCAUUCAAAUUGAUUAAACAGAUCACACUUCAGCAUAUCUUAGAGAUGGUAGGGGUUCCAUACUUGCUCUGUAGAUUAAUAAGCAUUGAGAGAUGAAUUGAAUAAACCUGCAUGUUUUAAAUUAUUAUCAUGAUUAUGGUUGCUUAAAAACCCCCAAGGUAGUUUAUUUGGAAUUACAAUGAUAUUGGUUCCUGUGUAGUCUGGUUUCCUCUUAACAACAAAACUGACUGCCGUUGAUUGUAAGAAUGAAUUCAAAUUCCUCUUAAAUCUGUCAAACAAACAGGUUCUUUCAUUUCACCAAUAAAGGAUGUUUUUAUUGUUUUUUUCAAUAACUUUUCACAAUCUACAUUCAUUCAUUACUCAUUAAAUUGGUUUUAGUGAUUCAACAAGUUUCAAGACUUAGCUUUGCUAAGGAUUUGGUAUUGUUAAGUAAAAUAUUGUAUUUUGUCACAUAAUUCUUGUUACAUUUAUAGGGCUUCUUUGAAAUGCAUUUAAUUAGAUAUAUUUUUCCCUCUUUUACUUAUCAUUCCAUUAUAGUAAUACAGCUGUUACUGAUACAGGCAGUAUCAUCAGAUCAAAAGGGAAGGGUAAAAGAAGAAAAUAAAUAGUAGUCUUAAAUUAAGUAUAAUUGUCUAUUUUGUUUAUGGGAAAAUGACUCUUACUCUAAAUCUACUAUGUCAUAUUGUAAAUUCAAAUUUAAACAAAUGAAAACUACAUCUUUGGAAGAUAAAAUGUAAUUUAUUGGAUUUAGCUGUGAGUAUAAAUAGAUUAACUUUAAUAAAAUACUAUUUUGUAUUUUUUUUUAUUACUUACUCACAUAUUUUCUUAAAUGUUAUCGGAUAUAGUUAAGUUCACUGAUUUCAAAUCUAAACUUAUUUUUUAAAUAAGAAGGACGCAUUUUAUACUGAAUUUUCCCUAUUUCAAAUGUAAGUUAAUUUGUUUUAUUUUCUUUUGGAAUUAAUAUAUUUCCUUUUGAAGGAUUCAAAUAUAUUACCAUAGUGUAAUUAUUUAUAAGAUAUAAAAGUAUGUACAGUAUACAUAUACAUAUAUAUAUAUAACUUGUAAAUUUGUUGUUUAUAUUUUUUUUUGUCUUAUAAAAAAUGUCUCCUUUUCUCAAGACUGCCAGCUGAUGGAGGAUAAUUUAUUUCAGAAGUAAAUGAUUCAAAAUUUGACUAUUAAAGUUUCUAUAUCCACUUAUGGAGAGAUUAAAAAUUUUUAGCUACAGCAUUAUUUUCAUAUUUAUAUAUAUUGUUCAUUAUAGAUAUAAAAUAAAUUACAUAUCUAAAUAUUUUUAGUUGCUCAUUCAUUUUCAUAAUUUUCUAUAAAAUUUUGUGAAGCAUGACAAUUUAAAUGCUUGUAUUUUUUGUUAUUUCAUGUUAAGUAUGUUUCUAAGAUGUUGAAUUUAUAAAGCAUAGAAUUUAUAUGCUAUUAUUUAUCACAAAUAAAAAUAUAUAGUGCUAAGUA